AUGGCUGACCAUGAAGUAAAAAACCUGAGUGAUGAGUACAAGGAACUCCUUUCUCUCCCCAAAGAAAGAGGCUGGCUAGACCUUCCCCAAUAUCAAUACCAAGGCUUCUGGUACGCGAGAGCAAAUAUAGUCCAAGCCACAAUCGCUUUCCAAAAGCAGUUCCAAGCUAGAGACUCCGACAUAGUUGUGGCCAGCGUACCCAAAUGCGGCACCACAUGGUUGAAGGCCUUGACUUUUGCUGUUGUGAAUCGACACCGUUUUGAACCCAUCUCUAAAUCCUGGAUCCGCCAUUGGGCACAUCCCUUGCUCACAUCCAACGCCCAUAAUCUUGUGCCAUACUUAGAGGUGGAUCUCUAUAUAGACAACCGAGUUCCUGAUUUCUCAUCCAAGUUUCCUGGUGAGCCAAGGAGAGUCUUUGCAACCCAUAUUCCUUUUCCUUCGUUGGGUACAAUUACAAAGUCCAAUUGUAAGAUCGUUUAUGUUUGCAGAAACCCAUUCGACACAUUUGUUUCUUACUGGCAUUUCGUUAACAAAAUCAGGCAACAAUCUAUAGGUCCAAUGUCCCUCGAUGAGGCCUUUGAUAGGUAUUGCCAAGGCUUGCAUCCGUAUGGUCCAUUUUGGGAUCACAUGUUGGGUUACUGGAAAGAGAGCUUGAAGAGACCUAACAAUGUGUUAUUCUUCGAGUACGAAGACAUGAAGAAAGAUGUUGUAUCUCACUUAAAAGCAUUGGCCAAGUUUAUAGACUACCCUUUCACCGAGGAGGAGGAGAGAGAGAUGGAAGAUGCAAUCGUUGCAAGGUGUUGUUUCGACUCAAAAACAAUAGCAUUUCCGAUUUACAGUCACACAAAAUACAAGGAUAUAAGUGAUCACAUAUCUUCUAGAUUCGAGAGUUUUGACGGUGGAGAAGUUAAAUUGUCGUAUGCAUUUGGAGGUUACUCAGCUUGUUUACUGCAAACAGACAUGGAUGUCCAGAUGGUGUACUUGUCUCUUUCAACUGAAAACAAAUCUUCCAUCGACAUAAUGGAAAAUGCCGCACCAUCUGCAAAGAAAUAUUUGUCUACUGAUUGGAAGACAUAUAUUAUGCAUGUCGGGCAACAGUUUGAGGGUGGUGUCGAUGACUUUAGAGAAAAACUAGCCAAGUAUGCCAUUGAAAAGGGUUUUCGUUACAGAUGCUUGAAAAAUGAAGCAUCACGUGUCACUGCUGUAUGUGACAAGAGAGAUACUAAAGGAUGUUUAUGGAAAGUUCAUGCGACUCUUAAUCGUGUAAAUAGUUUUUUUUGCAUCCGUAAAUUAAACCAUGAGCACACAUGCAAUGGUUACAUACAUGAUGGGAAAAGCCCUGUAAUGGGAUCGAAAAUUGUGUCAUCGGUGUUGGAGAAUCAACUUCGAAGUAGUCCACUCAUAAGACCAGUGGACAUUGUUAAAGAUUUCAAGAGGAAUUAUAGUAUUGAGAUUUCAUACUACAAUGCGUGGAAAAGAAAAGAAAUGGCAAAGAGGGAUGUCCAUGGUGAUGAGGCGAUGUCAUAUAAACAUUUGGAGUUGUAUGUUAAUGAGUUGGAGAAGACAAAUCCGGGUUCUUAUGCUACACUAGAGUGUGAUGCAGACCACCGUUUUGUACGUAUGUUCAUAUCAUUCCAAGGUUGCAUCGAGGGAUUCAAACAUUGCAGACCUAUUCUUGCUCUUGAUGGUACACAUAUCAAAAACAAGUACAAAGGCCAUCUAUUAUCGACCACAGGAAAAAAUGGAAAUAAUGGUAUAUAUCCCUUGGCAUAUGCAAUUGUGGCAUCAGAGGAUGAAAACAACUGGACGUGGUUCAUGGAAAAUUUAAACCACAUAUUAAAGGAUCAAGGUCGUACAAUAACUUUCAUUUCCGAUCGCUGCAAGGGCUUGCUUGAGGCUGUUUCCAAAGUGUUUCCAGACUCACCUCAUGGUUAUUGUUUGCACCACUUGCAAAAAAAUCUUCGAAACAAGUACCCUAACUCAAUCGGUGGUGCUUCGUUUCGUGAGAAAAUGGUAUCAUUGUUCAAUUAUUGUGCGUAUGCUUCUACAAAGGAACAAUUUGUUGAGGAAUUAUCAAGGUUUAAAAAAGUAGAUGGGAAGAUAGCAAUCAAAUUUUUGGCAUCACUUCCCGAUGAAAAUUGGUCAAACGCCUACUUCCCAGGUAAAAGGUACGGUGAAAUGUGUUCAAAUAUAGCAGAGUCAUUUAACAGCUGGGUUAAAGAAGAGCGUGAGCUACCUAUUUAUGAGUUGGUCGAUAGCAUCCGCUUGAAGGUGAUGAAGAUGAACUCAGAAAGACGCCUUGAUGCUGAUACAUGGAACGGGUUCCUAUGCCCUGUGAUAGAGAAGCAAGUUGACGUUUCUGUAGAAGCUGGAAGACAUUGGGAGGUGGUUCGAUCAAGCAUCAAUUUUAAAGAAUGA